UUAUUGCGGUGUGUGAAAUUUGGCAUCUACAAUGGCGGAGCCACUGAAUGGUGCCCCUCUGAUUGAAAAUGGUUGGUUCCUGGAGAAGAACUCGCAAUGGUGCGCCGACAGAGCAGUCCUUGAGGCCUGGUCAGGCAAACGCUUUGCAGGUAAAGGAAGUUCUCCUGCACAAGAAGACCAAGUAUCAAGACUUGCUCGUAUUUGCAUCCACAAAUCACGGCAAUGUCAUUGUUUUGGACGGGGUGAUUCAGAUCACAGAGAGAGAUGAGAUGUCAUACCAAGAGAUGCUGGCACAUUUGCCAAUGUUCUCCUGCGAUCCCAAGCAGGGGCUCAUAAUCGGAGGAGGGGACGGUGGAGUCCUGCGAGAAGUGGUGAAGCACAGCUGUGUGGAGAAGGUCACCUGGUGUGAAAUCGACGGUGACGUGGUGGAAGCUGCCAAACGAUUUCUGCCAAGUGUGGCAAAGGCGGUAGGUGACCCCAAGGUGGAGCUUUUGGUGGGGGAUGGCGUUGCAUUUGCAGAGAAUUCCAAGGAAAAUUGCUACGACGUGAUCAUCGUGGACUCCUCCGACCCUGUGGGACCUGCAGAGAAGUUGUUCUCCAAAGCAUUCUAUGUGAAUGCUGAGCGGAUCUUGAAGCCUGGGGGAGUGAUUUGCUCCCAGGGCGAGUGUCUCUGGCUCAACGAGGAGCUCAUUUCCAUCAUGGUGCAGGAUUAUGGUGCCUGCUUUGCCUGUGCGGAGUAUGCCAGCAUUCAGGUUCCAACAUAUCCUUCUGGGCAGAUUGGUGCCUUCAUGGCCAGGAAGAGUGGUGGCAAGGGUGAGAUCUCUUGCCGCUGGCCACGAAGAGAGCCCCAAGAGAUGGAGUUGCGUUACUAUACGUCCGAGAUGCACGCUGCCGCUUUUGCACUGCCAGCCUUUCUUCAGAGAAGGCUGGAGGCAACCAACAAGAAGAGGCGAUUAUCCUGGCAGGGAUAGGCUAUCUUUUGCUGCUUGCGAUAUGGCUGGCGCUGUAAAACGCGAAAAGA